CUGAUGGAGGGAGGAGACAGAGGAGCAGGGUAUAAAAAAGGGAGAAGACUGUACUGCAGACACACACAGCACAAACAGCACUGGACCAUCAGAGACGAAACAGUGAAUCACUGUGGACCUAGAUCAAACUACCAAACCUGAAGGACUUUAUCCUAACUGGGCCAAAAUGGAGACAGAUCAGAAGACUCAGCAGACAACUGCAGGACAGAUGACAGACAGGGAUCUGUCAGAACAAAUCAAAAAGGUGACUAAAGAGAGUCACGUCAGGGCAGAAAACACAGAAAUUAUGCUGAGCUUCCAGAGGGGACAAGUCACCCUUGCACAAUAUAAGCUCCUCCUGUGCUCGCUGUACGAGAUCUACCAGGCCCUGGAGGAAGAGAUGGACAGGAACUCCAACCACCCUGGUGUCGCACCCAUUUAUUUCCCCGCUGAACUGGCCAGGGUGGAGUCCAUCGAGAAAGACCUGGAAUACUUCUACGGCCCGGACUGGAGAGAGAAGAUUGUUGUCCCUGCAGCCACUAAAAGAUACUGCCACAGACUCAGACAGAUCGGUAAAGAAAAUCCUGAAUUUCUGAUUGCCCACGCUUACACCCGGUACCUCGGUGACCUGUCUGGAGGGCAGGUCCUGGGUCGAAUCGCCCAGAAGUCCAUGGGGCUUAAGAGCAACGAGGGUCUGUCGUUCUUUGCCUUCCCCGGAGUCUCCAGCCCCAACCUGUUCAAACAGCUCUACCGCAGCCGGAUGAACAGCGUGGAGCUGACGGAGGAGGAGAGGAAUGGCGUGCUGGAGGAGGCCGUCAGAGCCUUCGAGUUUAACAUUCAGGUCUUUGAUGAUUUACAAAAGAUGCUGAGUGCCACCGAAAAUCAGCUGCAGAAUGGUACAGCACACUCCAAACCAGUGCAGGCAAUCCAGACCCCUGGAGCCAUCAUCAGCACUUCCCCACUGCUGAAGAUGGUCCUGGGACUCUUUGUGGCUCUGGCUACCGUCAGUAUGGGAAUCUAUGCUUUUUAGAGACAAUGCACAACUAUAAAUACCAUGUAUAGAUCUGUUGCUGUUAAGAUUUUAUGAUUUUUACUUUUGUGCUGUAAGAUUAUUAAAAACCAUUACCUGGUUAUAAUUUUGUAAGAUUUUAA